AUGAUUGUUGAUUAUGGUUUUUUUUUGCGUACGAAGGUUUCUGUGUGCCUAUUCAAUGGAAACAUGGUUGUAGGAUGUAUGCAAAGGAUGAGUGUGGUGAUGAUUGAGGUGGCAGAUGAGGAUCAUGUAUGCCUGCAUCCUGAUGAUGAUAGAAGGCAGAAGUCGUAUAUGGAAAGAGUGAUGGAGAAUCCGAAGAUACUUCUGAGAAGCCAGGGCGAUGCAAAGACGAAUCUGAAGCUGUAUGUGUCUCUUGUGACGAAGGGUAAGUACAAGCCGAAUGUCUGUGGAAGUAAACGGCAGAAGAUGAUUGGCAAGAUUAUGAGUGGAAGCAAGGAUGUAUUAAGGGAAAUAGCGACUAAUGAUGUGCAUGGAUACAUUAAGUUGUGCAAGGUGGUUGGAGAAACGAUUAAGAUGCCGCCGGAUGCAAGGCUCAAGCGAAGAAUCGCAAAGGUGUUUGAAAAAGUAAGCUGCAUGGAAAAAAAGAUGCAAAAACGAGGUGCUGUGCGUGAUAUGAUUUGCAACGAGAGAGAUGCACUAAAUGGAAUGUGCUUUAUUCUUAAGGCCCAUCAUGACUUUUGCAUCAAAGGAGGUGCUAGAGACUGCAUAAGUAUGUUCGAAGAGGAGUACAAUAAGAUGCUGAUGGAGGCUGCAUCAGGCAAAAUGAAUGAGAAGAAGAGGAGUGCAUGCGAGAUGAAGUGUAUGAUAUGCCAUCCACUGUACCAAGAGGUGGAUUUGUACAAUGCAUUCGUAACAUGCACAGAUGUUGCGGAUUUUGAUAGAAGUAUGCUGGAAAAUAGAUCACUCAACACUAUGAAUGAAAGAGGAGUCAGAGAUGCUGUUGGAAAUGGCAUCGACUGGCUGUGUGCAUCCUUAGAUGUGCAUGAAUGA